AUGGCGCCAAAAGUGAAGAAGGAAGCUCCUGCCCUUCCCAAAGCUGAAGCCAAAGUGAAGGCCUUGAAAGCUAAGAAGGCAGUGCUGAAAGGUGUCCACAGCCACAAGAAGAAGACACGCCCAUCACCUACCUUCUGGUGGCCCAAGACCCUGCAGCUCCAGAGAGAGCCCAAAUACCUCCGAAAGAGCACACCCAGGAGAAGCACACUCGACCACUACGCCAUCAUCAAAUUCCCCCUGACCACCGAGUCACCUAUGAAGAAAAUAGAGGACAGCAACACACUAGUAUUCAAUGCGCAUGUCCAGGCUAACAGGCAACAGAUCAAACAGGCCAUGAAGAAAGUCUAUAACAUUGAUUUGGCCAAAGUCAACACACUGAUAAGGCCUGACUGA